UUUUGUAAGGCAGGUAUGGUGGUGUUGAACUCCAGCUUUUGCUUGCCUCGGAGCAUCUGAAUCUUUCUUUCAUUUCUGAAGGACAACUUUGCCAGUGUGCUGGAACUUCUCUGCUGGACUCUGCAGUUGCACGAAAGCACUCUUCUCGGAAGCAGGAUGUUGAUGCCUCUGGGGAAACAGGUCUUUUUUACCGGCGUGGUGGCUAGCGGGGGCUGCGCCCUUUUGUACUACCUGAUGCAGAAAACUUUUUCCAGGGCUUCCUAUUACCAGUUGGCGUUGGAGCAUCUGCACAGCCACCCCGAGGCACUGGAAGCUCUGGGCACUCCUCUCAGCGUUCACUAUCUCCGACUCACUGACAAGUACAACUUCGUGGACAUUGCCGAUGCAAAGUUGAAGAUUCCUGUCUCUGGACCCAAGUCAGAGGGCCACCUCUAUGUCAGCUCAUCCAGAGAUGCCCCCUUUAAGAGAUGGAACCUUCAGGAGGUCUUCUUAGAGCUCAAGGAUGGCCAGCAGAUUCUCCUGUUCAAGCCCGGUGGGGAGAAGAGCCAUGAGCUGAAAAAGGAGUGAAGGUAUUUAUUAAAGACCAGCCCCUCCGAGCCUGGCCUCCCUCCUCACCAUGG